AUGAAAUCUGUCCCGCUUCUGCUCCUAUCUCUGCUGUGCGUGGUGCACACCUGUCUUUCAGCCAACAUCACCCUGUUCUGCAAGUGCUCGUGCCCACCCAACGUCACCAUCCUGACGGUGCCCAAGUGCGGCUCCUGUACCAAGCAAUACUGCGUCGACAGCAAAGCUUGCUUCCGUCCGGUGCUGCCCCAGGACCCGUCCUCAGCGACGGCGUCCCUGUCGUUCACAAGCACCCAGGGCGAGCCGCAUACGACCGCUCCCCCGAUGAAGACCCACGCACCGCCGGACGAGGACUGGGUUGUCAACUGCUUCCAGCGCGGCUCAUACAAGGACGAGAUCAUUAUCUAUUCGUUCCUGAUUGUGACGGGCGGGCUGAUACUGGCGGCCGUGAUCAUGCCCUAUCUACCAGUCUUUAGCGGAUACAUAUUCCUGCGUGCAAAAUAA